CCAGUUAUUGAUGAUUUGGUUCCGCAUAUUGCAUUUGAAGUAGACGUUACAGAUGAUUCCGAUGGAGUUAACUUAAAUAAAAUAGAAGAUAUGCACCCACUUGGAACAGCAGUUGACUCAUCCUCGGGUCAAAAUACAUCGCCACUUCCACCAGUGAUUGUUAUGGAGCAAGGUAUGCAACCAUCUGGAACAGCAUUUGCCUCAUCCUCGAGUCAAACUACACCGCGGCUCCCACCAGUGAUUGUUCUUGAGCAAGACAAACCUUGUGUAUCUACUUCUAUGAGGAAAGUAUCCCCAGUUUCUUCACAAGGAAUUAAAAGAUUAGGAAAAACAAUUCCAAGAGAAGAAAUUAAAAAUAAACAGAUUACAGAACUUACUGAAGCGAGGCUGGCAUUAAUAAAAAAAGAAGAACAACAGAUGGACGAACUGCAUAAAAUCCGGCUAGAAGAAGCUAUUUAUAGAAAAGAAGCGGCCAGAUUGCAGAUGCUUCAGGAAGAAUUGAAGUUAAAACAGUUGCAAAAUGAGAAUUAGACAAAUUAUUAUGUGUUAAUCGCGAAGUGUAUACGUGAAAAACUUGACUGUGUUUACGCAAAAUAAAUCCCUUUAGCAAUUGC